AUGGAAAUGUUAAUGUUGCGAGCCAAUGUUGAUGAGGACAGGGAAUCAACUAUGGACAGAUUUAUUGGAGGGCUGAAUCAAGAGAUCCAAGAUCGUGUGGAGACUCAACAUUAUGUUGAGAUGGAGGAGUUGCUACAACUUGCGAUCAAAGGACACUACGCAAAUAAGUGCCCGAAUCGAAGAACUUUGGUGGUUCGUGAUAACGGAGAGGUUGAAACCAAAGCUGAGGGUGAAUCUGAUUCAAUGCCGUCUUUGGAGAGUGAUGUAGAUGAGCAAGAGGCUGAGUCAGGUAAACUGAUGGUGACUCGAAGGGUUUUGAAUCUUCGAUCAAAAGAAGAGGAGAAGAUUCAGCGAGAAAACAUCUUUUAUACAAGAUGUGUUGUUAAGGACAAGGUUUGUAGCUUUAUCAUUGAUAGUGGAAGUUGUACUAACGUGGCGAACAAUUCUUUGGUUGAAAAGCUAGGGUUGCUUACUCAGAAGCAUCCAAAGCCAUAUAAACUUCAGUGGUUGAAUGACAGUGGAGAAACGAAGGUUCAUAGGCAAUUUGAUAAGCGUGCUCAACACGAUGGAUACUCCAACAAAUAUUCUUUUGAGUUCAAAGGGAAGCAAAUCAGAUUGGUUCCUUUGACUCCUAAAGAAGUGUACGAAGAUCAACUCCAAAUGAUCAAGAAUGAGAAGAAAUUGUGUGACCAUGAGGUAGUUCACUCAAAAAUUGGUGCGGAUUUGAGAAAAACCCAGUCAAAAGCCUUUGAGAGUAUACCCGUGAGAUCAAACACAAAUUUCUUCAUGAGAGCGAGAGAGGUUAAGAAAGCAUUGCUUUCGCACCAGCCUAUGUUUGUACUUUUGUACAAAGAGGCACUUUUGGACACUAACAAACUCACUUCUACUUUGUCUAGUGUUGUUCUUGAUCUUCUGCAGGAAUAUGAUGAUGUUUUUUCGGAGGAGAUUCCAAAUGGACUGCCACCAUUACGAGGAAUCGAGCAUCAAAUCGAUUUCAUUCUCGGUGCAAGUAUUCCGAACAAGGCAGCCUACAGAACCAAUCCCGAGGAAACCAAAGGGCUUCAGAGAUAUGUCUUGGAUGUUCUGCGAAAGGAGCAAUUGUUUGCUAACCUCAAGAAAUGCACGUUUUGCACUAACAAAUUGGUGUUUUUAGGUGUGGUUAGUGAGCAGGGAAUUCAUGUCGAUGAAGAGAAGAUCGCAGCCAUAAGGGAUUGGCCAUGUCCGAGGACAGUUGGUGAGGUGAGGAGUUUUCAUGGACUUGCAAGUUUUUACAGGAGGUUUGUGAAAGACUUUAGCAUCAUAGAUGCACCAUUGACAGAAGUUAUCAAGAAGAAUAUCGGGUUUAAGUGGGGAGAUGCGCAAGAAGCUGCGUUUCAACUUUUGAAAGAAAAACUCACUCAUUCUUCACUCUUGUCUCUACCUCGUUUUUCUAAAGCUUUCGAGGUAGAAUGCAAUUCUUCUGGUGUAGGUAUUGGAGCUGAUUUGAUAGAGGAUGGAAAUUCUGAAAGAGAAGAUGCAAAUGAUGUGUUUUUACUCAUCAAAUCUGGGCGUAUCGAAGAUUUUUCAACCCUUAUGGGGUUCGCUAAUCAGAUUUGA